CGUCACCCGGCGGUCGGUAAACACUCAGGUUAAACAGGUGAAACAUGGCGGGCUACGGGCUUGUUUUUACAGCAUUCUUUGCGGGAUGUGUCCUGGUAAUGGUGAUGGGUGAUGACCUCUGUUACUGGGAUGGAAACUACAAGACCUGCUACGGGGACUUUGCAUAUUGCUGCGGACCGCACGAGUUUGACUGUUGCGACGACGGCUACUAUGUGUAUAGCGCUUGGUGGUUCUGGUUCAUUUGGGUGUUUUUAAUCAUCUUCAUCGCGGCCUGCAGUUAUGUUGUACGGAGGCGCUGCCUAGCGACUCAAACCGGUACUACAGUUGUUAUCCAGAGAACCAUAGUGCCACCGCCGGAGGCCUGUCGAACCACAGUCUAUGGGACAACCUACGGGACACAUCCCCAAUACAACGCCGCUGCACCGCCUCCGUACCAAGUCCAGUCGGACAAGCAGCCUCUCUUGGGGUAGAAUAACGUCAGUCAGCCCAACUUCCGACGCCGCUGUUGUGUCCUGAGUUUCACGCGCAGCUCUCAAUCAAUCAAUCAAUCAAUCAAUCAAUCAAUCAAUCAAUCAAUCAAUCAAUCAAUCAAUCAAUCAAUCAA